GGGGGAGGCCUUACACUGACCGGUGGGAAAUGCUGUAGCCUCCAUCCCUGAAACAGAAAAGAAAAGCCCCUCCUGAGUUUGUGCGACUGGGGUUUCCUGAAACUGGAGCUCGAGAAUGGCCGUGGAAAAAAGAGUGAAGAGAGGGGGAAUUCCCCGCGCCCGGUAUAAAACAGCAGCUUCAAGGGGCUUGCUCGGGUCUGACUGACAGUUAUCUUGCUGUGAGGAGGGGAAUUUACCUAGCGCCGCUGCGGCACGAUGCAGCCCCUAGCCCGCUGCUGCUUCUCAGCGAUUGUGCUCCUGCUUAUCCCUGGCGCCGCUCUCUGCUGCGGCCCCACGGAGUAUCAGUGGACCACCAACGAAGGGAGCGGCUGCUGUCCCAUGUGUCCUCCAGGAAAGUACUUGGUAAGUCGGUGUGAACGUUUCAAUGAAGAUCCAAACUGUGCAGUGUGCCCAGCAGGAAAGUAUACUGCUGGAUGGAAUACUCACAGUUCUUGUGCUCGAUGCAAAAUCUGUUCUGAAGAAUCAGGUGCCACAUAUAGCAAAAAGUGUGAAAAAGACUCGAAUGCUGAAUGCUCGUGCGGCAAAGGCAAACAAUUAACAGCAGAAUCCAAUUCCUGUGAGCUAUGUCCACCAGGAUCUUAUUCUGAUGAAGAAGGCAAUAAAACCUGCAAGCCCUGGACCUGUUGUGAAGAAAAUGGACAACAGUUAAUUAAAAAUGGUUCAAGUACGGAGAAUGUAGUAUGUGGUAUGUCCAAGAUCACCACAACGCAAGGUAGAAGCUCCUUUAAUCCUACGACUGUGCUCAGGACAACAAUGCCCAGUGCCUCAACCAGACCAAGUCCUUCAGUAACUACAGCAAACCAGCCAGCCACGGCUGUCGAAGAUAAAUUUUAUAUUGGGAUCAUCGUUGUGGCAGCUCUGAUUUUUCUCAUUGUCCUAAUAAAAAGGAGAAAAUUGUACUUGGAGAUGAAAAAGCAAGAUUUCUACCAUUGUUUGGGGAUCAAAAAAGAUAUAAAGGGUCCAGUGCAAGAAGAAUCCAAUGAUAUCACAUCAGUGCAAGUAUAAAACUGAUCCCGGCAUCUUCUACAGAUUUGAAGUUGACAGUUAACUCAACUGAAGACCAAACCAGUUCUUUGGUUAUGCGGAGAGAGUUGUCAUUUUAAACUAAAGAAAUGAGGGAAAGGCUACAUACAUUGUAGCUUGGGAGAAUCAUAACUGAGACUGAUGACAUUCUACCUCCCUCAGGAGUAUUUUCUAUAAAAUGGCAUAUACUUUGUAAAUACUCAGAAAUCUCACACUGGCUAUCUUGUUUUGGAGAACACUGUGCAAGCUUGAAAUCUCAACUGAGUCUGCUGGUCGUCCUGAUAUGCAAAGAAACUGGAAGCAUUGUUUUAAGAAGAGAACAGGGCAGUGGAAUUCAUAGAAUUUUUUGUCCAACUCAACCAUACUGUCCAAAUUAAAGCCAGCACAGAAAUGGUGGACUGAGCUCCAAACUAUUGGAGUUUUGUUUGCAAAUAUAUUUUAAAAACUUGUAAACAGACAUAAUUCUGUGAGAAUUUUCACACUACAUUUUACUUUGAUUUAGAGAAAUGUGGGCGGCACGGUGGCACAGUGGUUAGCACUACUGCCUCACAGCGCUAGAGACCCGGGUUCAAUUC